GCCGAAGUGGAGGAAUGUCUUAACCAUCUUGAUCAAUCUUGAUCCAGAAGGGCGAAUAUAAAAAAAAUAAACCGUUUUGACAUCUGUCACAGUCACACUAUAUAAUUAAUUAAUUAAUCGGUCGGUGGGCUAAAUAUAUUAUCUGAACUUUAAAUCAAUUCGUAUUCUUUCAAGCUUAAAGCAGAUUUUCAUUAUUUUAGCCAAAACAAGAAAGCAUUUGUGUUUCAUAGUUCUAAGAUACACUUCCUCAAAUUAGUAUUUAAUAAAAAAAUACCUACCUUAAACAUGUGGAGUGAUUCGUUGUUAAUUGUUUUCAUUUCGAUUUGUACGGCCUUUUUAGGAGAAGGCUUGACAUGGAUUCUUGUCUAUAGAACAGAAAAAUAUCAAAAACUUAAGGUAGAGGUGGAGCGGCAAAGUAAAAAAUUGGAGAAGCGCAAGGAGGCCCAUGGUGACUCAUUGGACAAACAACAUAAGAAGAAGAUUGAACGUGAAGAGGAGAGGCUUAAAAAUAACAACCGGGACUUGUCUUUGGUCAAAAUGAAGUCAAUGUUUGCCAUAGGCUUUGCUUUUACAGCCUUGCUUAGCAUGUUCAACAGUAUAUUUGAUGGAAGAGUAGUAGCCAAGUUGCCUUUUUAUCCCAUUUCAUGGAUUCAAGGACUCAGUCACAGGAACUUACCAGGAGAUGACUUCUCUGAUUGCUCAUUUAUUUUCUUGUACAUACUGUGUACUAUGAGUAUAAGGCAAAAUAUCCAGAAAUUACUGGGAUUUGCACCAUCCCGUGUGGCAUCAAAGCAGGGUGGAGCUCUUUUUGCAGCACCACCAGCACAGUUCAAGUAAUAAGGGACAAAAGUUAGUUUUAUAUAUUUCGUUCUAAUGUUCCGUUAUAAAUAGUAUUGCUGAUAAUUUAUUGUAUCUAUGAUAUAAAUUCAGACAUAUUAUUUAAGUUAACAGGAUGGAAAUGGCAGGAAUUUCUUGUUGUUAAAUUACAGUAUCAGUUAACGUAUGUGUGUUUGAUAGGUUUACUAGAAGGAAGAGCAUUGUACAAUUGUUAUUUAGGUUUGUAAAAUAAGUUGGCUCAUGCACGUUACGUUAUAGCUCUGUGUUCCCAUUUCAGUCAAAAGAAAGCUUGUACAGUGAGCUGUGAAAUUGCAUGGAGUAAUAAUUCAUGAAUUUAUUGAUAAAGUUGCCAUGCACUUUUACAGCUGAUGGUAUGGUACAUAGGAAAUUUGUUUCUUUACGAAUUCUAAAUAAAAUAAAGUAAUGAAACUCA